CACUAGCCGUAGUUCACGUCAUCAAAACAAGCCGCGCAGCAUGGAGAAGCCCUCUGUCUAAAAAUGUUUUGACCUUCUUCAGUUGUUCCUUCCGUUUACAUUGUACAGUGGCAACGAGUUUCCCCAUAAUGUCGGCCAAGCAUGCAUCAGUCCAUGCGAAAUGGAUCAUCGGCAAAGUAGUCGGGACCAAGAUGCAGAAAACUGCCAAAGUGAGGGUCACGAGGCUCGUGCUGGACCCUUACCUGCUAAAGUACUACAACAAGAGGAAAACCUACUUUGCCCAUGAUGCUCUGCAACAGAGCACUAUUGGAGAUAUCGUCCUCCUUAAGGCUCUACCUGAGGGUAGGUCCAAACAUGUGAAGCAUGAACUGGUGGACAUUGUGUACAAGGUUGGUCGGGUGGUUGACCCACUGACAGGAAAGAAGGUCGCAGGAACCGAGUUUCUGGAGCCGCUGACUGACCUUCCACUGAACCUGGAAGAAGAUACAACGUUGUCAGAAAAACUACAAGAGCUCAACAUCUCUGCUGUGUCGAGCAGUGCUGAUUCCACACAAAUUCCCACUGCAUGAAAGCAAACUAUUUUUCUAUUUUAAGUAAUGUUAGCUUAAAUAUCAUAACAUUGCAUAAACAUCUGUUUAUGUUUCCAUGUCAUUAUAAUACAGACCAGUAAUCAAUGCAUCUUUCGGUUAAUGUGGACAACCAUAGAAUAAUACCUCUUCUGUUUUUUCCCCCCCAAGACACAUUUCUAAGGUAUUUACAAGAAAGGCUUUACAAAUCAGUGGUAUCACUCACAAACAUGAUGCACACAUAUCUGCUUACUCUGUGACCCUGGAUCUGUGUUUGACAACAAAUUAUAAAAUUAUAUCUAUUAAUUUAAAAUAAAAUCUUACAGAUGCAUUUUCAAAGACAAAUGCAUGUCAUUGAUGUGUGCCUGCCAUUGCUUAAAUAAACAUGUUUUUCUGGA